UGACAGCUCACUUUUGAACACUUCAUCUAUAUGCAUCUGGAGUGUAAAGUGAGGAAUCAUGGGAGCAUUUGGCAGAGCGCUGCUCAUCACUGUCUUUUUUUAUUUCUCAUCAUGUCCACAGUGUUCAUCCAAUUCAAUCAACUGCACCAGUGUGUUAGUGAGCUUGAAUACCACUUCCACCACAGUGGAGGAGGGUGCAGACGUGACUGUGACCUGCCUUCAUAACCUCCCCAAAGGCAUUAUGAAUUCCUUCAGCUGGCAUCUGGACAAGGAUUUAACUACAGAUAUUCAAAAUGAAACUUUGAAUAUCAAGAGCAUAUCAAAAACAGUGGAAGUCAACUGUACAGUCAGCAACAUUUGUGGAAACUUCUCUGUUAAUUUAAAAAUUACAGUAAAUGCUAGUAAUGCUAUGGUGAUUGUAUUGAUUUGUAUCGGAGCAGCUGCUGGUGUUCUUCUCAUGUUAGCGAUAGUCAUGAAGAUCACCCUCCGGAGAGGACAAGUUCAGAGUCAGGCCAGGAUGAGAAAAAGGCAACAGAAUAUAGAGAACAUCCACAGUAAUGUAACCACCAUUUCCGGUUACUAAUGAGAGCGAGUGUUCGUACCACUGAAAACCCUCAGUUUAUGUUGAAUUACAUGCUUUUAUGCAAAAUGACUUACAAAAUGAAGAACAUCACAAUACAAACACCAACGCUAUUUGUAGAAGCGUGUCUUCAGCUGUUUCAUGAAUGUUCUGAAGGUCUAAGCAAAUGUUGGAAGCUUGUUCCUCCACAGAAGAACAGAGAAAGUGGAUGAUCUGGAAAGCGACUUCAGUGGUGACAGAAAAGAAUGCUGGCACGAGUGUUCUGCAUAGUUUUAUUAGCACUAUUGUCUUGUAUAUCUUGUAUUCAUGUAUAUUAAAUACAUUGUAUGUUUGUCUUAUUCAGGCUGUCGAUUUAAUGCAUUAAUUCAGUGAUUAACUAUUUAAAAAAAUAACUCAAUCAUUUUCCCUGACCAUACGUAAAUUCCAUAAUGAAGAAUUUUCAUAACAAUGGAGCAAUUCAAGCUUGAAGCACCUCCUUCGUGUUUUUGCAUGUCGCAGUCAGCAGGGGGCAGUCAGCGCAACUCCAGCUGUACAGGCAACAAACUGACAGCUGUUCAAAGACAACUCUGAAUGCAUUUAAUUUCGCACAGCAUCCUAAAAAUCUAGUGUUUAAGGCUGGAGACAUUAAAAAACCAGUGAAAUGCAACACAACCACAGUUGGACACUCCAAAUGGUUCCAUCCGACCAGGGGUGCAACUACACAAUUCCGAGCGGGUAUGCAAAACUAAAUUUUGUGCCCCAUGUAUCUGCAAAGUGAGGGG